AUGAGUUCUCUUAUGCCUUUCACGCAGUUGAGUGAAGUGAAGCCUUUCAAAUGCGGCUGGAAGGUUCACGUGAAAGUGUUACAUAGCUGGAAACAGUACAACUCCGUCUCUGGAGAAACACUUGAAAUGAUCUUAUCAGACGAACAUGGAUGCAAAAUUCAUGCUACCUGCAAGAAGGCGUACUUGGAGAGCAAGGGGAGGCUUCUACCAGUUGGAGUUUGGAGAAAUAUUCAAAAUUUCUCACUAAGCCCUGCCACAGGGAUGUACCGACCAACUGAGCAUUCCUAUAAGAUGGCGUUCGUUCAUAAUAUCACAAUCACCAAAUCCAAUCAUGUCGACGAGGACAUGUUUCUCAGUUUGGUCGAUUUUCAGUUGGUUAUGAGUGGAUCCCUUCAACAAUGUUUUCUCAUUGAAGUUAUUGGUCAGGUUGUUGACCUGAGAGAGCUUGAAACAAUUCAUGUUUCAGGCAAACCAAGGAGGAAACUAGAGUUUCAUUUGCGCGACAUCAAGUUUAAUGAAGAAGAAAAAUCCCUUGCCCUUUGUGAUACUAGAGAUGAAAAAUUCGAACUCGAAUCUCUUAAUGGUGUGCAAGAUAAGCGUGACAAGUGGCUGUUGUCGCCGCGAAGAACUAUAAGUGAAUUAACUGGAUGUCUUGAGGCUGAAAAAAACUUGGUCAUGUGUACUGUCUAUGCAAUUGAUUCGGACUGGGGAUGGUCUAAGUUUCACUUGAUGGUGAAGGAUGAUACCAGAGAAGCAAGGCUCAUGCUUCUCGACAUGGUUGCAUCUGGAUUGAUUUCAGAAUCCGCAACCGAACUUUUAAAUGAUUCUUUUGACGAGCUCGACGAUCCAGACGAUUUGCCUGAAGCAAUUACUCAGAUUGUUGGCAAGACUUUCACUUUCGGAAUCUACGUAGAGAAAGAGCAUAUUGUAUAUGGUUCCGAAAUUUACAGGGUUGGAAGGGUGUAUAAAUACAGAUUGGAAUGCUUGAACACUGACGUAAGUCAAACAAAUUCUCUUUCAGACAAAGGUGUCACAUCAACGAGUGGUGAAGAGAGUGUUUUACAUCUCAACGAUGACGAAGAUAACAGCGAGGAAAUGUCUACUCUAUCCACUAAGCGCAAAAAUCUGACUACCGAAACAGUUGACAUAUCUUCAUCGACCAGGAAUCUACGAUCAAAAGCUGUCAAACUUGAAAAGAUGAAGGAGCUUUAG